AUGCCCAAUAAUAAGAAACAUUUUGUUUCUCAAACAACUGAACAUUCUCAAGACAACGCUGACAAAAUUGUAAAAGCAAUUGAUGACGUAACAGACGAGGAUCAUAACCUUGGUGAAAGAGAACUUGACUAUUAUCUAGGAGUGAGAAAGAAAGAGAACUAUUGGCGUGAUCCGAUGGGAAGGGAGAAGAUAAGAAAAGACUAUCUCGUAUACCACUGCGGUGUUACUGAAGAUGACUACGAUAAAAAAUACAAGAAGGAAAUUGCUUCUAAAGCAUCUUACGUCAUUCCGCCUAGAUUGAAGCAAGUACCUUUCAAGAUACAUAGAAAAAAGAGGAAUGGUGAUUUAAAAGAUGAUUCUUGGAGAGACAAAAGCGGUAUAUUCAAAUUGUUCGCUCACAGACGUGAUAGUGAAUAUUCUACGUCUGAUAGUUACAGUGAGUGCGAUUCUAAUGAAGAUAUGAAAGUGACUGAGAUAUUCAGAUCAAAUGAAAAUGAUUUAGAGGAUAUUAUAGAUUAUUUGAACGAACUUGACACGAAUUCCGAUGAUAGAUAUCUGGAGGUUUGUGUUAUUGUUAAAUAA